AUGGAGACCGAAGGAGAAAUGACGGCGGCGGAACUGCUCUGGAUUGUGUGGCGUCGAGGAAUCUGGCGGCUUGACUUUCACGACGUUUUCAAGCUAUCUCGACUUCCGGCUGUUGUGCAAGCGAGGGUGUCUUUGGCGCGGGGUCAGGCGAGGUCACGUAGAGCGGUGGUCAGUCGGAACACAGUUUCUCUGACCUCCAAGUCAUGUCGCUACCACACCGCUCCAUGUGGACCAAAGACGGCUCAUAACACCAAACAUAAUGAACGAAGGGAACACGGCAUGAACUCCACACGUCCUCCUCCCUUGCCACGAGACCUGAGCAGUCUGGUCGAAGUAGGGCGCAUGCUCCGGCCUCGUCCACACCUCCGCUUGUGCUGGGGAUCUAUUAUUGGUCUUGAUUCCUUGACUAGUUUUCUCCGCGCAUGCGACGCGACGUACUCCUUCGGCUACACCGUCGACGCCCCGGAGGCCGAGAACUUCUACGCGCACGAGGAGGCGCGCCAGGGCGAGGUGACGCGCGGCCGCUUCCGCGUGGCGCUGCCCGACAACCGCCUGCAGACCGUCACGUACCGCGCCAACCGCGACGGAUACACCGCCGAAGUGUCGUACGCCAACCAUCCGAGCUUCCCUGCCCUGAGGGCGUCCGUCGGCCCCAUCGGCGACGCCCCGCAGAUCGGCGCGUCGGUCGUGUCGGGCUUGCGUCGCGACGAGAACUGGAAGGACCGCAAGGUGCAGCAGCGGCCGGACCACGGGCCGCGGCGUCCGGUGGGCCCCAGCGCGACCAACGCCCUCCCGCCCAUCCGCACGCCCACCACCACCCGGCCGCGCCGCCCCAGCCCCAAGGUGCCCCGCCCGCGCCCCACGGCGACCCGCGCCCCCACCAGCGCCCCCUCCAGACGCCCCAGCGCCGCCCCCACCUCCCCGCCCGCGCCCACCAAGCCCACGCUCCCCCCGCGCCCCGCGCCCGUCACCUCGCGCCCGAGCAGCCGCCGCCCGCAGCCGCCGCCCGCAGCGGCGCUCUUCGUCGCCGCCGAGGACCUCGAGGACGAGGCGAUCCUGAGCCGCCUCAUCGAAGCCAUCAAGCUGAAGACGGAGGAGGAGAUGGCGAAGGAGGAGGAGGCGGAGGAGCACCACGAGGACGACUCGGGCGAGAAGCGAGGCAAACCGCGCUACAAGAUCGAGGACAAAGCCAGCGUGCGGCUGAGGCUCGACGCCAUCGUGCACGCCGCCAAGUUCUGA